GAAGCAAAAUAAUUAAGUAUUUCGGUUACCGAAUAUUCGGCUUCUCAUUCUCUAGGGUCGGAGGAUGGUUUUCCAUAUAAGCUUUUCCGUCUUCCCGUUCCCGCCAUUUUUGCAUUGAACUAAUAGAGAGAGACAGAGCCCUCUCACAUAGAGAGCCGCCCUUUUUGCACUGAAAUCAGAAGCAGAGAGAGGCCAAGAGCACAACAAAGCUGUGAAAAUGUUGUGGGUUGAUAAGUACAGGCCAAAAACCCUAGACCAGAUUGCUGUCCAUGACGACAUCGCCGAAAACCUAAAGAAACUUGUUUCCGAGCAUGAUUGUCCUCAUCUCCUGUUUUAUGGUCCAUCUGGCUCUGGAAAGAAAACCCUCAUCAUGGCUCUUCUCAGGGAAAUGUUUGGAUCUGCAGCUGAGAAGGUGAAAAUUGAGAACAAAACAUGGAAGAUAGAGACUGGAACUAGAAAGAUCGAGCUUGAAUUGACCACAUUAUCAAGCACUCACCAUGUUGAGCUGAAUCCUAGUGAUGCCGGCUUUCAGGAUAGGUAUAUUGUUCAGGAGAUUAUCAAAGAGAUGGCCAAGAGUAGGCCUAUUGAUGUGAAUGGAAACAAAAGUUACAAAGUUCUAGUGCUCAAUGAGGUUGACAAGCUUUCUAAAGAAGCACAACAUUCUCUUCGAAGGACAAUGGAGAAAUACAGUGCAUCAUGCCGACUGAUAUUGUGUUGCAACAGUGCAUCGAGAGUAAUUGAAGCAGUUCGUUCGCGGUGUUUGAAUAUUAGAAUUAAUGCACCAACUAAUGAACAGAUUGUUGGUGUAUUGAGGCACAUAGCUAAGAAGGAACACCUUGAACUUCCCAUUGGAUUGGCAACUCGUAUAGCAGUUCAGUCAAACAGGAAUUUAAGAAGGGCAAUACUCUCUUUCGAAGCUUGCCGGGUGCAACAGUAUCCUUUUACUGAGAAUCAGGUUGUUCAAACUAUGGAUUGGGAGCAAUACGUUGCUGAGAUAGUAUCAGAUAUAGUGAAUGAGCAAAGCCCUAAAAGACUGUAUUCAGUUAGGUUGAAAAUUUAUGAGCUGCUAGUAAAUUGUAUUCCACCGGAAGUCAUUCUGAAGAAAUUGGUGUCAGAAUUGAUGAAGAAGUUGGAUUCAGAAUUGAAGCACGAAGUUUCCCAUUGGGCUGCAUACUAUGAACACAGGAUGCGUCUUGGGCAAAAAUCCAUCUUUCAUAUUGAAGCAUUUGUGGCAAAGUUUAUGAGCAUCUACAAGAAAUUCCUCAUUGCCACCUUUGGUUAACAACCCAAGGGCGAGAUUUACCUUGGCUUAUAAGGCUCUCAAAAGCUCACUGGUUCUUCCCAAUUUGAUAAGUAGCCUAUUGUUUAGUUAUGCUUUCCUGAGCAAUUUUGCUUUGCUUUGGGAUGUAUAUAGAGAAUCAGUAAAACUACACUAAAAAGGUGCAUUUCAACCAUAUUUCUGCUAGCCUUGUCUUUUGGUUUUUUAGGGGUUUGUUUGAUGGGUUAUUGAAUGUUCUCUUCUCGUACUUGUAGUUUUAUGCUUCUUUGGUUUUGAGAUUAUAGAACAGCUUUUUUGCUUUUUGUACCUUUUAACAAGAGACUUUCUUUUC